AUGCUCCUUGGUGACGACGUCGGUUUGGGGAAGACCAUCCAAUCCGCGGCCACACUGGCGUUCCUCGCUGACCUUAGGGUCCGGCAAGAGUGCAAGGCUCGCAUCCCACCCAUCAUUCAGGAGAGACCAUACCUGAAGGACCAUACCCUCGUCCCUGACAAGCCCCACUUGAUAAUUGCCCCGGGAACACUGAUCGACCAACGAAGCACGUCAGAUUCUGCAACCGAUAACUUUUGGACGAAGGAGAACGGGUAUGCAGCAGCUCAGCACCCUGCCUACCGGCGGAUUAUCAUUGCAUCCCAAUCUGCAAGUUUCAUGUUCGGCGACUGGCGAGACGAACGGUCGUCUGCUUCUCUCCCAUGGGACCACCCCGAGCCUAAGCCGCAUCACAAUGCGCUGAUGGCCUCCACCCUCUACGGCCAGGACUACCUUUCGGUUACGGUGGACGAAGCCCAAUCGGCUCGCAAUAGCGGCUCAAAGCAUUCUUCAAUCCUUCGACUACUGGAAAACAGCACCGUGAGGCUCAUACUGACGGCGACACCUCUGCAGACGUCCACAAAGGACAUCGCUGCUAUGGGCCGCUUCGUUGGACUCCCCUUUUUCUUCUCUGAGGAGGCCCAUCGCGAGCAGGUGGCUGACGCAAGCGCACUUCGCAAAGCGCGAGCGGAGAGGGAGGAGUUCGCGAGUGAAGAUGAUCCAGUGCGGGAAGUGCAGAUGAGCGCUUCCUGGAGAAUGCAAAAGCAGUUUUGUGGCAUGUUCAUACGCAGGAAGGCGAGCAGCCUCGGGCCAAACGGCUGCCCGCUGAUACAGCUUCCCCCUCUGGAGAUUAUCCACGGCAUUCUGAAGCUAACCCCCCGCGAGCUCGAAAUCAUCGACUCCAUCUCAGCUGAAGGGAUUACGCUCGCAUCGGAUGCCAACGGACGAAGCGCAACCUCAAACUCAUUCUACCUCGAGCACCGCAAAAGCGUUUCCUUUGCCCAAGAGAAACCCAACGAGAAGAUUCCCAAGUUCGCGAGCCUCGAGGAGUGGGAAAUGCAGAAGUCAACGAAAAUCGACACAGUGGUCCGCAUAACGAAACACCACCUCUCGAGAGAUGACGCACCUCCAGUCGCAUUCGAGGACGGGAAAGCUGUAUACCCUCCCAUGCCGACAAGUGCACAGUUCACUCGGGACAAAAAGGUCAUUAUAUUCCAGGAAUUUACUUAUUGCAUGGCCCUAGUGCAGAACAUCUUCAAGCUCUAUGGGAUGAAUAAGCCCCUCAUUAUUCAGGGCCGCCAUUCCUUCAAGCAGCGGGCUUCCAUCGUCGACAAAUUCAACAAAGACCCUAACCACAGGGUUCUCAUCUUCUCGAAGGUUGGCUCCACGGGUCUAAACCUGACGCGGGCGAGCAUCGUUAUCUUCCUGGUGCGCACCUCCUUGCACUUCUUGUCGAAUGCAGCGAUUCAUCCCCUAAACCCUAACCCCCCAAAGGACCAGCCGUGGUCAGCGCAAGACGAGUGGCAGAUUAUCGGGCGGGCUUACCGCCAGCGGCAGAGCAAACCAGUCACGGUGAUUCAACUUCUCGCGGCGAAUACGGCAGACAUUACGCUCUCUCUCCUCGCCCGAGGAAAGAAGGACAUGCUGGACGCGUUUUUCGGUCUCGAUACUGAAACUUCGAGAUUGAUCUCGCGCACCAUUCAAGGCGAGCUGAUCACCAAUGUCGAUGAAGACUUCGAGGUAGACACUCCUUUGGACAAGAUGGCGAACGCGAGUAGCGGCGAUGAGAAAAAGCGCAGAAAGCGGGGGAAGAAAGUUGUGGGUGCAGGUGAACCUGCACAAGAGAGCAGGGAAGGGACCACUGGCAGUGCCACAGUGGCGAGGAAGGGAAAUGGCGAAGUAAAAGGUGGUGCGGCGGUGACCGCGGAUUCGGAUGCUGGUCGGAGUGCCGAACCUCCAGGAGUCGGCAGCAGCACCCGGCAGCAGAACCUUGAGACGAGUAAAAAGCCGAAGAAGCGCAAGGCUUCGAAGUAUUCAAAGUCAAAGGAAGUCAUAAGCGAUUCGUAUGCCGGCGCUUCUCAGCCCGGGGGAGAAAGAUCACCAGUUCCAGCAGGCAAGGAGCGGAAGAUGGAUGAGAAGAAGGCUGAGAGUGCCAAAGCGAUGUCAGUCGAUUCGCGCAGCUCUGACGAGGAGUCGCAGCCUGCCCAAGUGAAAGAGAAGAAGGAAGAGAGGACCACGGCAAAGAAGGCAAAGAAGGCGAAAAAGGCGAAGGAGGUUUCGAGCGACUCGAGCAGCUCUGACGAGGAGCCGCAGAUUGCCCCAGUGAAAGAGAAGAAGGAAGAGAGGACCACGGCAAAGAAGGCAAAGAAGGCGAAAAAGGCGAAGGAGGUUUCGAGCGACUCGAGCAGCUCUGACGAGGAGCCGCAGAUUGCCCCAGUGAAAGAGAAGAAGGAAGAGAGGACCACGGCGAAGAAGGCAAAGAAGGCGAAAAAGGCGAAGGAGGUUUCGAGCGACUCGAGCAGCUCUGACGAGGAGCCGCAGAUUGCCCCAGGGAAAGAGAAGAAGGAAGAGAGGAACAGGGCGAAGAAGGCGAAGAAGGCGAAGAAGGCGAAGGAGGUUUCGAGCGACUCGAGCAGCUCUGGCGAGGCGCCGCUGAUUGCCCCAGCCAAAGAGCGGAAGAAAGGCAGGAAGGAGAAAAAAGCCAAGGCGAUAUCCACCGAUUCGAGCAGCUCUGACGAUGAAUCGCAGCCUGCCCCAGGUCCGUACGAGCUUAAGCGGACUAAGGUCAAACACCGCCUCACCAAUUCGCCCUCGGGCAAAGAAGUGACUGAGGCACCGGGUAGCACGCAAAUGGAGGAAUUCCAGCCGCUGGUGGGCGCGCCUGGUAUGUCUGACUGGGAACUUGGGACAGGCGAAUCUGAGGGAGGGCACCGCUCUCCGAGUGCCAGCAUGGACGUCGACGAUUACGAUGCUACCAGCGACACUGGCUUUGGACCUGGCCACACCGAGCUCGGCGACGAGUCGAUGUGCAGUGCCUCCUCAGGAUAUCCGCCGGCCAGCGCAAGUGAGCCCGAAGAGGACGUUAGGGCACAUAAUCCCUUCUCAGGCUCAAUGUCCUUUGGGGCUGGAGGUCAAGCUCGAAAGCGAGGCGCGUCUCCCGAAAGCAGUCGACAAACACAGGGCAAGAGAGGUUCGGUACUUUCAACUCAGGCGAAGAAGGCGAAGCCUAACCCCGUGCCCACGUUCUCGAGUUUGUUUGGAAAUCACCCUCACCGCGAAUUCCUAACACCACCAACGACUGAACGACCAGGCCUCUCGGCCGCCAGGGACCUUUCCAGCCAGCUACUCAACCCCUUCGUACGGAAAGACAAGCAAAAGAGUUCUGCUACGAGCUCUACUGCUGAUGGGAUGCGGGAAAACGCUGAAGCGUCUGGUUCGCGGGGUUUAGGGAGACCAUUCGUGCCGCCUGCGCGCCAAGCUGCAUCACUAGGAGGAGUGAGCCCCAGUUUUCUCCCGCCUGCGUUGCCACCCUCCCUCCCCCAAGGCGAAAGAACCUAUCAGCGGUUUAAGAAGGCCACCCUGGGCAAGGGCAGAAAGUAG